UUAAGGACGAAGUUCUUACCACAAAACAUUCAUCGUUUGGAAUUUGGAGUAAUAUUUUCGAGUUAAAAUUUGUUGAAGUAAAUUCUUCCCUAUUUGAAGAAAAAAAUUUAUUGCCGUUGUAUGUUCAUACAUAUUUAAAAAUCCGUUUGAGAGGGAAGAAGUUCUCCUUUCCAAAAUCCGUACUCAAACACAACACUGCGUUUUUCUUCCCCGCUCAGACAAUCCAUGGUGAGAAAGAAACAGAAAUCCGUGCGGAAGCGAAAGCUUCCAGAUACUUCCGUUUCCGGAGCUUCUCCUUCGUCUUCUAGGGGGACGCCGACCAGAACAAAUUCAAGGGCUGAGCAGCCGGAAAAUUCCAAUUCCCGACCUCCUCAUGGUGGGACUAAGAAGCGCAAGCCUCACCGCUUCAAGCCAGGGGCUGUGGCUUUGCGUGAAAUUCGGCAUUUUCAGAAGUCCACGGACCUUCUAAUUCCCGCCGCCCCUUUCAUUAGGCUUGUUAAAGAAAUUAGCAAUGCUUAUGCACCAGAGGUAACUCGCUGGCAAGCUGAAGCUCUAGUAGCUCUUCAGGAGGCUGCGGAAGAUUAUUUGGUUGUCUUGUUUGGAGAAGCAAUGCUUUGUGCAAUUCAUGCAAAACGUGUUACGCUCAUGAAAAAAGAUUUUGAGUUGGCUCGGCGAAUCGGUGGAAAAGGGCAGCCGUGGUGAGAUGUGAUGACCCUCCCACCUGUCCAUGAAACGUCAGUGUACCAUUGUCAGAUAGAUCUGCACCCCUCUUACCUGUCUCGUAUAGUGCUUCUAAAUUAUGUGUUCCCUAUCAGAGUAGAUUGAUGAUAGACCAUAUGUUCAUCCUCUAGUUCAAAUCUUUAACUACCUGUGUUAUGUAUGAACUCUGAGUAACACUUAGUAUCACUUAAUUGUUAGGCUCUAUUUGAUCAAGACUAGUGAGCCUUUAGGUCCAUUC